AUGAAAAGGCAAAAAUAUGCCUACCCUGAAGAACAAGACGCAAUUUACUGCCAAGUGUUCAUCGAGCAUAUGAACAAAGACGCGACGAGCUGGUUUUUGAAUCUUCUCGCCGAGACCAUCGAUAGCUUCAACGAUCUCAGAAUGGCAUUCAUGAAAUUUUUUGGCAUGUUUAUGUCGAAAGGCAGCACCAAUCUUUUCACUAUGGCACAGGGAAAAGAUGAGCCACUUCGCGAGCUCGUGGAGAGAUUCAAAUCAUCAGCAGCAGAGCACUCAGACAUCCCCGACGAGAUGGGAAUUAAAGCUUUCGAAAACGGGCUUUGGUUCGAAUCGAAGUUGAAAGAAAGUAUGAUGCUCGACGAACCCGCAACCCUCCAGGACGCUUUGCACAGGUCCCAAAAAUAUGUCAGCGUCAAAGAAAGCAAGGCGCACCACUCAAAGAUUCAUGGAAUGAUGAAGGAGUCGUCUCGGCAAGCAUCAUCUCAUCAAGAGUCAUCUCGUCAAGAGAAUAAAAGAAGGCCUCCCUACUAUUAA